AUGGCUUCCAUGCACACCUCAACAAUAUUUUUUUCUUCUUUUUCUUUAUGUUCUUCAAAGAGAGUAAAUGUAAAUGCCUCAAUCCAUGUUCCAAGACCCAAUUCUGCACUUCCUAAGAAUAAUAUAAGCAUUAGAUCAAAGCUGAUUGAAGGGUUGAGUACGUUGACAAACUCAUCACUUCCUUUAUCAUUACUUGAAAAUAAUGACUUGUCCAAUUCUGCAAUCUCAAACAGUCCCACCAUUCAACUCCAUGCUAUCUUAGAAGCUGUAUCCGACAGAAUCGAAAUGCACAGAAACAUAGGCGAACAGCGUCAGAAUUGGAACAACCUACUUCUAAACAAUAUCAACAUGAUUACACUCACUGCUACUACAUUAACCGGUGUUGCAGCUGCAAGUGGUGCUGUUGGUUCACAACUUUUGGCUCUGAAACUAUCAUCCACACUUCUGUUUUCUGCAGCAACUUGUAUGCUUCUUGUCAUCAACAAGAUUCAGCCUUCGCAACUCGCGGAGGAACAACGCAAUGCUACAAGAUUGUUCAAACAACUUUGGACUCAAAUCCAAACCAAAAUGAGUCUUGGUAGUCUUAUUACCGAGGAAGAUGUGGAAUCUUCAAUGGAGAAAGUGUUGGCACUUGACAAAGCUCAUCCACUUCCUUUGUUAGGAGCUAUGCUUGAAAAAUUUCCUGCAGAAUAUGAACCUGCUGUUUGGUGGCCUGAAAAGAGAAGAGAGGGAAAUGCAGCAGCAAGAAAGACGAUGGAGAGGAAUAGUAGUAAUGGGUGGAGUGAAGAACUGGAAACUGAACUGAGGGAAGUUAUGGAAGUUAUGAAGAGAAAAGACAUAGAGGAUUAUGAGAGACUUGGGAACAUAGCAUUAAAGAUUAACAAGAGUUUGGCAAUAGCAGGUCCAAUACUCAGUGGAAUUGCAGCUAUAGGUUCUGCAUUUGUAGGAAAUGAUGAUGGGUUGUUUUCAGGCAUUGUUCCUAUAAUGGCAGGGUCAAUGGCAUGUGCAGUAAAUAGUUUAGAGCAUGGUGGACAAAUUGGUAUGGUAUUUGAAAUGUACAGAAACUGUGGUGGAUUUUUCGGGAUGCUGGGAGAGAGUAUUGAAAGCACACUCGAAGAGAAUGAUAUGGAAAAAAGAGAAAAUGGUGAGAUAUUUGAAAUGAAGGUAGCAAUGAUGUUGGGAAGAAGUGUUUUGGAGCUAAGACAAGUUGCUUCUUGUAUGGACGAAUUUGCUAGCAAGCUUUUUUAA